AUGGGUGAAUCGGUGAUUAGAAAAGAAGCCGUUGACGGAUUAGUCAAUGAUGAUGAUAUUUUAGAACUGUGCAGUAAAUGGAAUAUUAUUAAAGAUGCUAAUGAUGGUCACGUACGUGGUUUAUUGGAUAUUGAAGUUUCUUCAAAUAAUAAUAAUGAAAUUGCAGAACAAGAUAAUGAAAAUAAUAAUCCAAUUAAAGAACCAUAA